AUGAACCCAGUUAACACUAAGCCGUACACUCUUCCAUUAGACGCAACCUGGUUGAUCACCGGAUGUUCGUCGGGUAUUGGCCAAGCACUGGCAGCUCUAAUCGCAACUAAGCCGAAUCAUCGCUUGAUCGCAACAGCUCGGAAUCCCACCGACCUGGAUUACCUGCCCGAUGAUAACGGAAACGUCCUCAAACUUGCCCUGGACGUGACGUCUCCCGCCUCGGUGAAAGAUGCAUUAGAUGCAGCAAUCGAGCAUUUCGGCAAAGAUUUCCAUCUCGAUGUCGUGGUCAACAAUGCUGGGUAUUCUUUGUCUGGCGAUACGGAGUCUGUGACCGAGGAACAAGCUCACCUGGAAAUCGAAACUCUCUUCUUCGGGACGGCUCGGGUGACUACUCAUGCCAUCGAGAGCAUGCGGCAGUCCGAAACACGGCGAGGCGGUAUCAUCUUCAACAUCUCCUCUCUAGCUGGACAAUGCGCCUUUCCAGGUCACGCGUACUACCACGCGGGGAAGUGGGCCGUUGAAGGAUGGACUGAGUCCGUGGCAAGGGAGAUGCAUCCUGAUUGGAACAUAAACUUCUGUAUUGCCGAGCCGAGUGGUGUUCAAACCAACUUCGAGGGGCACAGCAAAGCGCGCACCGAGCCGCAUCCAGCUUACGCAGGCAAAGACAUGCCGGCUCGUGUCCUCGAGAGAUACGUGGAGAUGGGAAUCAAAUCGGGAACCCUGAGUAAGCCGUCUGCGAUUGCAGACGCGAUCUACAGUAUUGCGUCUAGCAAGGGAUGCAUUCCGCUCCGUGUUCCUCUCGGCGGACCUGCUUGGGUUUUCAUUAAGCAGAAGCAUGAGACUUGUUUGAAGGAACUCGAAGACGUUAAGGACCUCAGUCUGUUGAUUUCCAAAACACCAGGUCAUUAG